AGGAGCGGGAUGUGGAGAGGGGGAAGAAGACAAGCGGAGGUAGGAGUUACCCGUACGCAAAAUGAGUUCGGUAGGAGUGAUCUGAACGCAAGAAUUUGAUGGUGCACCAAGGCCUUCCAGAUCAAAACCACCCCCGUCGGUCCUCGCCCUUUACUAGUAGCACCACAUCUGUUCCGUCCUCCGCCGAACACGCCUCGGGCACCGAAGCACGCCACCUGGAAGGAGCUCUUCCUCCUCCUCCUCCUCCGCUCUACUGUGCUGCCGUGGCGUGGAGAUCCAACCGGAGCUAGACCGACUCCUUUUACUGAACCAGUGUGCUAGCCACCGAAGCGGCCAUGGAAGUGGUUUCUUCCAGCCAUUCUUGCUUGGCAUUUCAUCAAACACCUACCAGUGCUCGGAGGUUUCUGGGUACCGGUGUUGGUCCGCGGCAUACCAAGCUUACUCGGCCAAGGAAAAGCGCAGUGCUCUGUGUUGGGAGAGCUUCAAAUCCAGGUGAUUCAGGAAAGCUUCAUGUCAGCCGCAGCUUUGAUGUAAGCGAUGUCGAUGCUGCCCUCCAGGGCAUCUCCAAGAAGGCAGGCCAGAUCGAGAAAGUGGCGAUUCCUGGUCUGCCAGAAGGGCCAGACAGUUCCCAAAUCAGCACUGGUUUGUGGGAGUGGAGGCCGAAGCUGACGGUAUACUACGAGAAGUCUGGCACCAAGAACAGCAAGGCGCCAGCAGUGCUUUUUCUACCAGGUUUUGGAGUGGGCACGUUCCAUUUUGAGAAGCAAUUGAUGGAUCUUGGCCGUGAUUACAAGGUGUGGACGAUGGAUUUUCUGGGACAGGGAAUGUCAUUGCCGUGUGAAGACCCUGCUCCUAAGGCCAUGGCAGGAGAGAAGGAUGAGGAAUCAUAUUGGGGUUUUGGACAAGAUUCACAACCAUGGGCAGAUGAAUUGGUGUACUCUGUAGACUUGUGGCGUGACCAGGUCCAGCACUUCAUUGAAGAGGUUAUCGGUGAGCCAGUUUAUAUCGUGGGAAACUCUCUUGGAGGUUUUGUUGCUCUAUAUUUAGCUGCAUCCAGUCCACACCUUGUAAAGGGGGUCACAUUGCUUAACGCAACGCCAUUUUGGGGUUUCCUUCCUAAUCCUGCAAGAUCUCCUCGUUUGUCAAAGAUUUUUCCAUGGGCUGGGACAUUUCCUCUUCCAUCAGUUGUGAGGAAACUUACUGAAACAGUGUGGCAGAAGAUAAGCGACCCAAGAAGUAUACAGAAGAUACUCAGGCAAGUAUAUGCUGACCACUCAACAAAUGUUGACAAGGUGUUCUCGCGUAUUAUAGAGACAACAGAACACCCGGCAGCUGCUGCAUCAUUUGCCUCCAUUAUGUUUGCUCCAAUGGGCCAGAUAUCCUUUCAGGAGGCACUAUCUAGGUGCCAAAGGCAGGACAUUCCCAUUUCCCUUAUGUAUGGGAAAGAAGACCCGUGGGUUACACCUUAUUGGGGUAUCAGAGUCAAGCAACAGGUGCCAGAAGCACCUUAUUAUGAAAUUAGCCCUGCCGGUCAUUGUCCUCAUGACGAGGUUCCUGAGGUUAUAAACUAUUUGCUCCGAGGAUGGCUUAAGAAUGUGGAGUCUGAGGGUUCAGUUGACCUCCCAUUUCUUGAAGAUUCCAGCUUUGAAGUACAUGGUGUGUCGAAGGAGCUGGAGUUUGUCAGGACAGGGUCCAAGAAAUCAGUUAGUGUGCGGCUCUUCGGUUCCCAAAUUUCCCUGUGGAGCCAUGUGAGCUCAUUCUUGAAGCGGCAUGCUUCCAACAUACAGGUAGUGUCCAGAUGAUUCGUCCGUAGUUCGUUAGAUAGUAGAAGCUUCAAUUGUAUAUUGUAUUCAUUAUUCUUUAUGUAAAGUAGUCAGGUUGAUGCCUAGAUGUACGAAAUAGAGACAAGUUCAAAUAUUUCUAGUGAAUGUGAAUAUGUGUAGUACAGAGUUA